AUGUCCGAGCUGGAGCAGCUGCAGCACCAUGACAUCCCAGCAGGCCGGGAGGUCCUGCGUGACCACCACUGCAACCUCCUCAGGGUCGCUGACUACUGUGAGAGCAACUACCUGGAGGCCAGCGACAAGCGGAAGGCGCUGGAGGAGACGAUGGCUCUGAGCACCCAGUCCCUGGCCAGUGUCACCUACCAGGUCAGCAGCCUGGCCACCGCCUUCCUCCGGCUGCUGGACCUGCAGGCGGCCGAGCUGCAGAAGGUGGAGGCUGAUGUCAGCUGCGUGGCACAGAGGGUUGACAUGCACAAGGAGAAGGUGGCCCGCCGGGAGAUCGGCUCCCUGACUGUCAGCAAGAGGUUCCCAUCCUACCAGAAGGUCAUGGCCCCCCCCAGCCCACCCUGCCUGGAGCCCUACUACAGGAAACCCCUCAACUUCAGCGUCCUGGAUGACAUUGGCCAUGGCAUAAAGGACCACAGCACACAGCUGUCCCGCACGGGCACCCUGGCUCGCAAGGGCAUCAAGGCAACGGUGCAGGCCUCGGGCACCUUGGGGAGAGGCACUCGAGUCCCUGAGCCUAUCCAGCCACCCGUGGUUCCUGAGGGAAAGCUCUCCACAGCCUCCUCCACCUCCUCACUGACAUCCACCAGCUCGAGUGGAACCCCAGCAGCCCCCAGUGAAGGCAUCCCAGUACCACCACCACUGCCCUCCCUGCCAGGGCCAUCUCCACCACCUGCAGCCAUCAUCCCACCACCUCCACCUCUCCCUGGGGACCUGCCCCCACCACCUCUAGGGGACCUUCCUGUGCCUCCACUGGACCUCAUACCUCCAGCCCCUGAUGACCUUGAACCACCACCACCACCACCAGCUUUGCCUGACUUUGAGGAUUUGGCCCCACCACCACCACCUGCCACAGAGGAUCCUCCCUGGGCCCCAGAGAACUACCUGGAGAAAGUGGUGGCUCUCUACCCCUACACACGGCAGAAGGAGCUGGAGCUCUCCUUCCAGCCCGGCGCCCUCCUCUUCGUCACGCGGCGCUACUCGGACGGCUGGUGUGAGGGGGUGCUGGGGCAGGAAGCAGGCUUCUUCCCUGGCAACUAUGUGGAGCCCUUCUGA